AUGCCAAGUCUGGCAGCGAUGCCGUGCGCCUUGAGUUACCUCGACAUACGACUGCACUUAAUUUUUACCUCCGACGUGCACCUCUCUUCCCUUCCUCGGCGAUCCUCUCCCACUCGGUUCCUUCUCUGCAUUGUGGUCCGGCCCUCCUUCUUCCGGAUCACGUGCUCCACUGACAUCUUUGUUCGCAGCACUUACGUCCAAGGGAUUGCUGACUUUGCCUCCCUGUUCGCUUUCCUUCUCAGCUUGAUUGAUUUCGCUUUCGGGGGAAGUGGUGUUUGGAUCGUAGGCCGUCUGAUGUGUUGCGACCUCGUUGUCGGUACCGGUAUUGGUGCCCUCCGAUCGCUGCGGAUCUAA